CAGUUCGAUUCGGCCAAUCGAAGUGUUCACAAGUUUCGCGGAAAGAUCAAGAAUGAAGAACGGUAAUCUGGUGGCACUCUGUGCCAGCUUGCUGCUCCUACAACUGGAGUUGGGAGCAACGUCGGCAACUAACGAUAGACCCAGUGAAAAUCUUUACGCCACGGCCCGGGAAAUCGGACUGGAUGACGUGGGUUUGGAGGAACUGUGGCGCACCAAGCAGCCGCUGCUUAUCAGAAAUCGGAAUGAUGCUGGUCAGCUGACUUUAUUGACCUACGAACUAAGUCCGGAUCGCACUUGGAUUAGAAGGACCAAGGUCACGGAGGACCCAGUGCCAGUUCCAGCCAGGCUGGAGGAUAAUUCCCGCUCUAAGCCCCAAGAAGACUGGGAGUAUGUGCCCAAUUCCGUUCGCCAGCAACGUCCAGCAACAUCGACUCAAGAGUCUAGUUUUGGGACAGGUGAUUUCAACACUAUCUUUAGCAAUGGUUUUCCCCGGAGUCCACUAUUUACCAAUUGGGAGCUGCCAGCCGGAGUGACUCCGCGAGUCACAACCAAAACGGAAGUGGAUAGUUUGGGACGAAAGGUGACGACCACAACCAGAACCGCAAGUUAUGGCGGCACUCUGGCCCCAGGAAGUACUGCCUUCCAACGGCUAUUUCCCGAUAUAUCGAGGGAACCUGGCCCAAUUAAUCCGUCCGUGGGAACCGCUCCCUCAACUGGAUCGAUCGAUUCCCGCUCCGGAUUUUUCCCCCGCCCCAACGAACGUAACCCCGUCUUUGUGCCAGUAGUUGAUUCCCCCACCACACAGCGCACUUUGGUGCCCCUGCCCUCGCUGACCUUUUCGAAUGCCAAUGGAGCUAACGACGAGAUCGAGAAUUUCUUGGGAAAGGUUGACAUCAGUACCUCGGACAUCGAAAACGGGAAUGGACAAGUGGUCAAGACAAUCCGGGAUAAGAAUGGGCGAGUUCUGACUGCCAGAUUCUCAGUGAGCAACGUCAAGGGACCAGAAGAAAAGUAAAUGGUCAUUUUGAGAGCUAAUUUCAAAUAACUUGUUGUGCUAAACAAUAUAAUAUGUUGUAAACAAUGCUUAGAAAAAAACGAAGUUCAAUAAAUAAGCUUAUCAGCUGGGGCUAAGCCCCGAGAUUAUUACUUAA